ACCACCGUGUUAUAGGUCUUUUUCUCAAGCCGUUUUCUCAGCUUGCCUUUCUCUUUACGUAGUGAAUAAUUGAGUAAAAUUUAUCGUUUAUUUUCAAGAAAAGUAGUUCCAUCUAUAUUUUCAAAAUUUCUCGUUAUUAAUCGAUUAUACGAUUAAAUUUUCUAUUUUGUCGCGAUUUCGAGUCAAAAUUACGGUGUUUUUUGUGUAAAAAUUCCGUUGUGAAGUAUAUUGAAAAAUAUAACAUUCGGUAGAAUUUGCAUGCCGCAGUUCUUUUCCCACUAAAACUCAAUUGAACAUGUCUUAUGAUAAAAGAAACGACGAGUGGAGUGAAUCGAAAAAUGGUCCACCAACCGACCGGGAGCAUUACGAUGGCCCUCCUGGAAUGGAAGUGGGUGGUAUCAUCCAAUCCAACUGGGAUGAGGCAGUGGAUAGCUUCGAUGAGAUGGAGCUCAAGCAAGAAUUGCUCCGAGGUAUCUACGCGUAUGGUUUCGAGAAACCUUCCGCUAUUCAACAGCGAGCGAUUAUUCCUUGUGUAAAAGGACACGAUGUAAUAGCUCAAGCUCAGUCGGGUACUGGAAAAACGGCUACGUUUUCGAUUUCAAUUUUGCAACAAAUUGAUCCUGCAUUGAACGAAUGCCAGGCUUUGAUCUUAGCGCCUACUCGGGAACUUGCGCAGCAAACCCAAAAGGUAGUUUUGGCUUUGGGCGAUUUCAUGGAAAAUUGCAAAUGUCACGCUUGUAUUGGUGGUACCAAUAUUCGCGAAGAUAUGCGUCGUCUCGAAGAAGGCGCCCAAGUGGUCGUAGGAACUCCUGGACGUGUCUAUGAUAUGAUUAUCCGUAAAUCUUUGAAAAUUGAUCACAUUAAAGUAUUCGUAUUGGACGAAGCUGACGAGAUGUUGUCUCGUGGAUUCAAAGAACAAAUUCACCAAGUGUUCCAACACUUACCUCAGGAUGUACAAGUUAUUUUGCUUUCCGCUACUAUGCCACAAGACGUACUAGAAGUCAGCAAACAAUUUAUGCGCAAUCCCGUACAAAUUUUAGUAAAGAAAGAAGAAUUAACCCUGGAAGGUAUUAAACAAUUUUACGUGUUUGUCGAGAAAGAAGAAUGGAAGCUAGAUACAUUGUGUGAUUUAUACGAUACCUUGAGUAUCACCCAGGCUGUAAUAUUUUGUAAUACUAGGCGUAAGGUCGAUUGGCUCACGGAUAGGAUGACGAAGAAUGACCAUACCGUAUCGUCUAUGCAUGGCGAUAUGGAUCAAAAAGAAAGAGAAAAAAUCAUGAAGCAUUUUAGAACAGGAUCAAGCCGUGUUCUAAUCACUACUGACUUGUUAGCUAGAGGAAUCGAUGUCCAACAAGUUUCGUUGGUUAUCAACUACGAUCUUCCCUCAAAUCGCGAAAAUUAUAUCCACAGAAUCGGACGUGGUGGUCGUUUUGGUCGUAAAGGUGUCGCAAUCAACUUCGUUACAACCGAAGAUAAACGUACGUUGAGUGAUAUUGAACAGUUCUACAACACUCACAUUGCGGAGAUGCCGAAAACUGUCGCCGACCUACUUUGAAAAGUACGAGCCAAUUUGUUUGUUGAAUUGUGCUGUCUGAAGCGAAAAAAGAAAACAAAAACUCUUGACUAUUUAUUUUGUUCGUGUCCUUUGAAUUUAAUAAAAUUAUUAAUUUAAAAUUGCGGUUAUAUUAAUUUGAUAUAUAAAUUACUAAAGAAAGAAAAAAAUAUAAAGUGAAGGGAAUUCAACUAAUACGCUUUCGAGUGCGUAAGUUCUGAUACGAUUUGCAUUAUAAAGCGCGUUUUCUUAUUCUACAAAUUUUUAUCUUACUAUAUAGAAGUUAUUAGUAAUUUUUAUUAUUUUUUUUUUUUCGUUAAUCGUACGAUUUAAAAAGAAAGUUUGUUUUCUUUGUAGAAAUACUAAAUAAAAAUCUGGUAUUUUAUAUUACUUUGUACUGUAAGGUAUUAUUAUAUUAUAUACUUUUUUAUUCAUUUUA